AAUUGUGUAAAUAAACAGAAUUUUAUUUUACUUGGUGUUUAAUUAUAAUCUACUUGACGAUUGUGUGCAUUAUUAUGCAAAGUGAACCCAAAGUGCGUCGUUCCGCCAGAGCUCGUCCAGUUAACGCAUAUUCGGGAGAGGCACCUUCAAGUGAAACCCGCACUGCUGACGUUUCAGCGGACACUUCCUCGAGAACACCUAAACAACAGCAAUCUUCAGCGAUGCCAUCCAGAGCCUUAACUCCUAGAAAAACGCCGAUUUCGUCAAGAAAAAAGCGAUGCAGACCAGUCUCUCGCAGCUCCAAUAGUACUACUGACGAAUCUUCGCGUGACGAAACAGAAGGCGAUGAUGAAGACGAGGAUCCGGAUCCACUGCAGCCCAAACUUACCCGCCUAAAAGCAAAACAGCUGAACAAGAAACCACUUCCAAUUGCUCCUUUAAACGCUCCUCGACCGGACGCGGAAGUAGCCGCUUUGAUACAGCAAGAGCUAGGAUCCGACGACGAUGACGAAGAAUACAAGCCAACCGAAGAUGAAAUCCAUUCCGACGAAGAUCCAAAUACUACAAUCUCUGACAUAGACUCCCAACCGCGAACGCCUGCUACUCCAGCAACUUUAGAAAAAGUGGAGCACGAUGUCCACGAAACCGAGUCUUGCUAUACCAAAGAUGGAUUGUUCAAAAUUCCUCGACCAAGGAACGACAGUCAAUGCUCGCACUCGGAACAGGAGCAAGAGAACAUUGCUCGCCGUACACGGUCUAAACUGUGUCUGCAAACUACGGCGAUCGAAACGAUUGAGUCAACGUUCAUUCCACCGGAUAUUACGACUGAUAUGUACGAUUUUGACUGUGACAUGGAUCAUGUGUGGAAAGAAUUUUUGAGCGAGUUUACCAAACCGUUGCCAACCAACGCGGAAGACGAUGAUGAUACGGAUCCUGAGUAUGUCGCAGCUGGUAAAAUUCCAAUUGAUCGUGAAGAACUACGAGAGGUUAAGGUCUCCCGGAAAGAGCUUAACGAACUUGUAUCAGAGCUGCUGGAAUGCGGUUUGAAUGAUGAAUCAUUUUUGGAUGGCAACAUAUUCAACACAACUCCAAUCGCAAACGAGGAUGGUAGCACUCAACAACGAUGCCAGAAAACACCAACGGAUCAGAAAAAUGGAGAGCAAUUCGAUCAGAAUUAUAUGCAAUCGACAAAAGCCUCUAUCGCAGAGCAACAGAUAGAUCAGAUCGUUCAGAUAAAUGAUACGGAAUGUCCACCAUCCAAUGCUUUGUCAAACUCUUCAGCGCCGCCUAUAAUAAGCGAAAUAAUUCCGUCUAUGGGUGCCACGUGCCAAUCCCCAGCUUAUGCCAACAAUACUUUAUCAGGGGGCAUUUCCUCAUCGUCGCAACCAAUGAUUCUAUUAAAUAAGAUUCCAGCGCCCAACGCUACCAGUGGCCUAAUUUAUGCGACUGCACAACCAACCCUGAUUAAUCGCAUUCCAAAUGUGCAACAGACAAGUACCCAAGCAAACCUCAACAACCGCCAAUUCUUCAUUCAAUUAUCAACUAUAGACCAUUCGAGCUAUCGAAAGUAUUACAAGCCGUCCAGCACGGUACCAACAACGCCAGUGGAACAACGCGGUCUGGAGGAACCUACUAAACGACGGUAUCGUUACAAUCACAAUCUGGUGCCCGUCGAUGUAAAUAUCGAUGAAGGACAAACCGGAUUCAACGACUUCCAGCUUCAACUAUUUCAACAGCAGCUGCGAAAGCACGUUCAGUUUGCAGCGCAAAAUUUUCUGCAAAGCUAUGCGCAUCCCAUGUUUUGGAAGCUGGCAGAUAUCUUCAAAAAAAUGAUACUUGAGUUACGCGAAGGAUCGGUCACAAAUCCACUUAUGAAAGCGUGGAACUUAGAUGCUGCCGUUGAGUGUUGUUUGAGCUGGGAAUCAGGUCUGCAACAGCAGACCGACGAGAACAAUGAACUAAUACAGUUUUUACUAGAAGAGACUGAUAAGGCUAAUAAAGCGAAACAGGAAGCAAAAUACUAUCAAAACCAUUUCCAUCCAAAAAUGAUGGAAAAAGUUGUUACCAACCAAGCUUUUAUGUAUCCAAAACUUCUUCCUUACAUACCAUUCCGUAUGGACUUGCGAGCAGACCGCAUAAUUAAGUCAGAGGAACGGCUCAUUGCUUUCGGGCUGGAAUUAUUCUUCCCGAUAGUUCAAAAGAAAAUUUCCGAAAGCAAAUUUCCCAAAACAGAAAAACCAAAGCUACAUCACGUUUGCCAUUAUAUUAGCAAGCAUCUUCUCCCGCUGCAUAGCACUACGCAAAUUUACGCUCGCAUUGCUUCUCGCCGCCGUGCCAGUGAAACUAAUCCGAUCCAGCAAUUUUUUGUCCACUCGAAAGCACCACCCUUUCAACAUAUUCUAGAAAUUGUCGAUUUUGACAACGUGAUUCCACCGUACCUAUACCAGCAGGGUGAACUACCGCAUCUAUGGGACAAGUAUAUAUACUCCAAUCCUAGGUUAGCCAGAAUAAACAACGAUCACACGGAAUCGAGAGUUUCUGCUACUAAACCAAUCAUCAACAGGCUAUCAUCCACGGGAACAUCAGAUUCUAAUGUCAACAUUACCAUCAGUCUAGUUGUAGAUCCAAUCCAAAACCAGCAGGAUAGUUCCUAUAAUAGCAGGGAAGAUACUUACCGUUUGAAUUCCGAUUAUUUGGACAAAUCUAAGCAAAACUCUGACCAGACAAUCGCCCGCUACAUAUCAGAAUUCGACGAGGAGCUUAGCUUCUCCAGUAGCACUCCGUUUAAAAGGGCAAAAACUGUUCCGAAAGCCGCAAUAGUUGACGAAGAGCUUCCGAUCCCACGAAAAAAAUGUUGUAAAUGCGACUGUCAUUUUCAAAAUAAAGAAGCUAGUGAGCCUGAACAUAAGAGUAACAGUUCGAAGAAGGUCCAAAAAAGAUUAACUGAUUAUUUCCGAUUCACGUCGAAACAUGUGUUGUCCUCUCCUACUCGGAGAAUAAAGCUAAAGGAAAAAUUGUGGGAAAUAUACCAGCGCUAUCGUGAUUCGUGUAAGAGGUAUUCAGAUUGGGGAAGUUCUGCUUUAGAACGGGUCAAUAAGCAUUUUCAACUAAUUGAAUCAUUCAGCUAUUUUUUGGAUGACUUAAAGAAGAUGAGUUCAGGUAUGGACGAGAAAAAAUCGGAUGGAGAAUUGCCUAAAAGUGAGAAUUCGUUAAUUAACGGAACGACUCGAAGAAUUCCCAAGUUGGAUAACGUUGAAAACAAAGACGCAAACUAUGCCUACAACUUUUUCGAAAAAGUGGAAGAGACGCUUCUUGGGGAGAAUAAGCUUUCGCAAUAUGAGAAAUUCUUGGAAAUUCUACAAACGUUCAACGAAAAAGAAGAUCGCGUAGCUGAUCUGUACUGCAAAAUCGAGAGCCUCCUAAUUGCAGAGCAUCCGGAGUUGGUAGACCUGUUUCUAACAUUUCUUCUACCAGGACAAGCUGCUGAAGUUGGCAAAUUUUUCGAACAUUUCAUUCUUACUAAUGCCAACGACUUUCUUGCCAAGCUAAACAUCUAUUUUGCCAAGCAGCCUUCACAAAUCAAAAAGAUUUAUUCCUGCAUCAACGAUCUUUCCAACGAGUCGGACGUAACUAUGGAGCAAAUAAAAUCUCGAAUCCUACCUCUCUUGAAGGGCAAUCCACUUCUGAUUGAUUGGUUUCUGCAACUUUUUCCACCCGAGAAACCAGCGGAGAGCAAUCUGGCCGAUUACGAAGUUCUUUCACUGAAGAAGCUUCCACCCUCAGAUAACACCGAUCCGAAUCGAAUCUACGAAGAUGUUACAUUUGUGGAAGCUCCCUCCGAAUCGGUGUGUGGAACAAAAUACAUACAGGGACGAAUAGUGUACGGAACAUUGCCAGCAAGACUUUCAUUUCUUGCACACGAUUAUGUAGUUCCGCCGUCGUUACAGAAUGAUCCAUCUCCCAUCAAAGGGUGUGUUCACAACGUUCGACAAGCGGAUAAAACAAAAGGUGGUGCGGAUGGUGAGGAAAAGGACCACGGUGAUCUGGUGGAAGCAAAUCGAGAAGAUCCGCCCUAUAAGCUAUGUGACGAUGUUACUUUUAAAGCGCACGCUAUUAGACUGAAUCCGCUGGUGCACGGCGGAAAAGGCACAAACUAUGCCGAGGUGGCGCAUCUUUUGGUAUCCGAUGUAGACGGGGCUGUUGAGAGUGAUACAUUUUCCGAGGAGGAGAAAUCAACAUCUCCGAAGAAGCAUUCGUCAAUCAAAACGCUGCCCAAAAAGCGAAUCAAUUCUCCGAUCAGUAAGAAGCCAUGCAUCGGCAAAAGCUCGCCACCUAUCAGUAAAAAAUCACCACCAGCGUCGGUACCACCUGAUUCGAAAGUGGUUGCUAUUUCAAAAAAACUUAAAAGUAUAAUCGAAGCCCCAACUUCAGAAUCGAAUGCGGAGAUUCCACCACCACCCAUGGCACCAGUUAAAAGAAAACCAUCAAUCCCGGUAGCCGUCAACUCCGCGCCGAUUCCAGUGAAACGAGAAAGGUUGACAAAGAAAUCCUCUUCAGAUGCGUUGCCCGCUGAUGAGAAGAUCGAUGAGGCGGAAAGCAGUGAUAGUAAUAGUAUUCAAACCAGCUGGACUAGGGAUGAGGAUAAAGUGAUUCUGGAGGAAAUUAAGCACGGCUUCAGCAGCGUGGAUGAGCUGAUCCAACGAAUCGGAGGAAAAAUUGAGGGCAGGCAUCCGUCGGAGAUCGAAAGUAGGUACGAGUUUUUGAUGGAAGUGCUGAAGAAGUUUCAAAAGUAAAAUUAAACCAUUCUGGAAUGUAACCGUAAUGUAAGCUUUUAGUUCUGCAACCAUGAUAAUACAUACAUGUUGGGAAUGUA